GGCCUCACGACGAGAAACAGGCAGCAACGAGUGAGCUAGUCAAUACUUCGGAUCAUUCCCGCACUACUUGGUCACGUUUUUAAAAUACCCGUUUGCAUUUUUGUCGAACAUCAUGUCUGUGCUCUGCUACAACAAGGGAUGUGGACAACGUUUUGAUCCGGAGAAGAAUUUAGAUGAUGCAUGCACAUACCACCCUGGAGUGCCAGUGUUUCAUGAUGCAUUGAAGGGUUGGUCUUGCUGCAAGAGACGAACAACCGACUUUUCAGAUUUCCUCAGUAUUGCUGGUUGCACGAAAGGCCCUCAUAAUCAAGAGAAGCCUGCUGAGCCUGUUAAACCAGAGGUGAAGUCCUCUCCGGAUAAGAGUGGGAACGAUCUGAAACCAAAGUUUGAUGAAUGCAUCACCCAAGCACCAAAACCUCUGGAAUCCAUCCAGCGACCAAGUCCAGAUGAGCCUUUCUCAACACUGCAACAGAAGAUCUCUCCUUCGCUGAAACAAGCUUUAGAGAAGCUAAAAUUAACUGAGGAUAGUGCACAGGAGAAAAAAGAAGAGGACAGUGAUGAAAUUAAGAUAGGGACAUCCUGUAAGAAUGGAGGCUGCAGCAAGACUUUCAUUGGACCAGCCAGUGAUGAUGAGACGUGUUUGUAUCACGCUGGUGUACCUAUUUUCCAUGAAGGGAUGAAAUAUUGGAGCUGCUGUAAGAGGAAAACCUCAGACUUCAACACAUUUCUAUCUCAGGAGGGCUGUACCCGAGGAAAGCAUCAGUGGAAGAAGAAAGAUACAGGAAAGAAGGUUGUACCAUGCAGGUUUGACUGGCACCAAACAGGAAGUCAGGUCAUCAUUUCCAUUUAUGCCAAAAAUUCAGUACCAGAGCUGAGCUCAGUGCAGGGGAACAGCACUGUGCUGAAAAUUCACAUUAUAUUUGAAGGAGAGAAAGAAUUCGAACAGCAGAUCAGUUUGUGGGGGGUAAUUGACAUCAGUAAAAGUUUGGUGAACAUGGUGGCUAACAAAAUUGAGGUUGUGCUGAAGAAGGCAGAACCAAUGUCAUGGGCCCGACUGGAUCUUCCUUCUGUAGCUCCUCCAAAGGAGAAAGAGAAGGAAAAAGAUAUUGACAGUGAGGAUGAGUAUGAUGAUUAAAUUGAGACUCUGAGGGGACCAUGCUGCAUUAUUGAAACAUUGUUUCCAUGCCUGAAAAUUAAUGGGAAUUGUUGACUUUGCUUAUAACAAAGAUGAAGCAUGAAUGUUAUGUAAAUUCUGAAAAUUAUUCAUGUUUGUCCAUAUUUUACUGACAAUUAUGAAAAAUGUAAAUGAUAGAAUUAUUGGGCAUGUGUAGAGCUUUAUAAGAAAACUCUCUCACAAAGUACCAACAGUUGUUCUGUUAAUAGGCUAUUUUGACUUCGACCAAACUGCUUUCACUGUCCUAGUAAAUGAAUCUUUUCACAUUU